AUGACUAAUAAUAAUAACACUAUUGAUAUAGCUGGAAUUAAAGUGCCUGUAACAGCAGGACAACCUAAUAUCGACGUUACUACUGUUCUUGAGUUUAACCCUUUUAAAGAUUGGAUUUCCGCUAUAUCCAAAGAAACCCAUUCUGCGAAAAAGAAAGAAAUUGAAAUUCGAAAGGUCGAAAUACAAAAUGUAGAUUAUUUUGGGCCCAGAAUAGGUUUUGUUAAAUUUAAAGUUGACGCGAGAUUAAUCGAGAAUGGCCAAAGUGUUCCCGGAAUAGUUUUUAUGAGAGGAGGUUCUGUAGCAGUUUUGUUAAUCCUUCGUUCUAAAGAUCAAGAUGAUAAUAUGACGGAACAUGUUGUAUUAACUCAACAACCACGUAUAGCCGUUCCUUCCUUUGCAUUUUUAGAGAUACCUGCCGGUAUGCUUGAUGGAUCGGGCAAUUUUACCGGAAAAGCAAGCGAAGAAAUUAAGGAAGAAACAGGUAUUAUAAUUAAAGAUCAAGAUUUAAUUGAUAUGACGGGAUUGGCUUAUGGAAAUCAAUAUCAAGGCGCUUAUCCAUCUCCUGGUGGUAGUGAUGAAUUUAUAAGGUUAUGUUUGUGUAUUAAGGAUAUGAAAAGGAGCGAUGUAGUGCAGUUGGAAGGCAAAUUAGGAGGACUGAGAGAUCAUGAUGAAAAUAUUGUUGUAAGGUUAACAAAGUUGAGUGAGUUGUGGAAGAUUCCGGAUAUGAAAGCGUUAUCGGCUUUGACUUUGUAUGAGGCUUUGAAGAGGGAAGGAAAGGUAUAA